UACAAUAAUUACAAAAUUGACUACAAACAACUAAUGAUAAUAGGAUUUGCCGUAUCGGGUGUGUUAUUGUUGAUAAUAAUCAUUCAAAGCAUAACGUUAUGUAUAGUAAACUGCACUUGCAAAUCGAGAGGAGCACGAAAUAAUGUGGAUAAACCCGACAUUUCAGAAAGCCGAACUAAUCGUGAAGAAAUCACAGAAAAUCAAGGCACAGAACGCAGCCCUGACAUAGUCUACCAAAAUCAAAAUGAGCUACAAGCAACGUCAAGAAUUCCAUCAAGAAUAAAUAUUCCAGAUCGGUAUAGCUCUCAUUCAGUGGACAGUGAGUGGACGUAUGAACCCAUAGGAGGAGUGUACGAACAGCUUUAAGGAUAUCCGUAUCACGGUGUAUAUGAAAAGGCGAUUUCACGCGAAACAUCCACAUUCUUCUUAAAAAAGAAAACUCUGUACCAACAACACUCGUACUUUAAGCAACAAUAUUUAAUUUUAUCAAUUGUUUAAUUGAUGUAACGAACUAAGAAACCUAUGUUAACAAUAUUGGGAAUAUUGAAUUUUUUUUGGGGAUUCGCAAUUUCGCUGUAUAUAAAUGAAUUUAGCGUAUGUGUAAAUAAAACCUAAUGUUAAUUUUGAUCAUUUUGUAUAAAACAUGAAGUUAUAAUUUUCGUUUACAGCAUUUUUUUUAACAAGAAGAAGGCCACGCUACUGAACUUACAAUGAAUGGCCAUGGAGCUCCUGAAUAAAGGAACAGCCCAAGAGGGCCAUACAAAUGUAUGUGCAAUUUAAAUUAGGUACAAUAAGAAAUGACUUUCCCAGAAUCGACGGUAUACUCUUGGGUCAACACGUUCGUUUUUCGUCACGUUUCUAAAUUUGUCUGAUUUUGCUUUCGUCAGCCAUUCUUCAUUCGUCAACUUAG